AUGAGUAAAGAGAAAUUAUCACGUGGAAUAGCUCAACAAAUUCUAGUCACAUUAAUUGCUUGCAUUGCCAACGUUAAUUUCGGAUUUGCUACGCAAUAUUCAUCGCAAGCCACUCCACAAUUGCAAAAUAAACUCUUAGGCGAUCGAUACUUGACCAAUUUGGAUGUUAGCUUAUUUGGGUCAUUAUUUUCUGUUGGUGGCAUCAUUGGUGGUAUUAUCGGCAGUUUAUUCCUUCGUUACUUGGGCAGAAGAUCAACUUUAGUUGUUUGCUCAGCUCCGUUUGUUUUAGGUUGGUGUUUUAUUAUGUAUGGACCAAACAAAAUUUAUUUAAUCAUUGGUCGUACAUUUACCGGCAUUGGAGCUAUUCUAGCAGCGAUGGCUGCACCAAUUUAUGUGGCAGAAACCUGUUCUCCAUCUAUUCGUGGGCGACUAGUUUCAGCAACAUUUUUAGCCGCUAUUUGUGGUAACUUUUUAUGCGUUCUUUUCUCACUAAUUCUUAACUGGAAUUACUUGGCGUUAGUGAGUGUCGUACUAUUAACUAUCUUAUCCAUCGCUAUGGCGUUUUUGCCUGAAACACCAAGAUGGUUAUUAUCACAGGGUCGAACCUACCAAGCAUUUUAUGCGCUUAAAUGGCUACGCGGAGAUGAUCAAGAUAUUCGACCUGAAUUACAAGCAAUCGAUCAGAGUCUUAACGAUAAUCAAAAAUUAAAAUGUUCUGAGUUACGUCAGCCAGCAGUAUUAAAGCCUCUUAUGAUAUCCAUUAUGUUAAUGAUACUACAGCAAACGUCGGGAAUCAAUAUUUUCAUUUUUUAUGGUGUCUCGAUUAUUCAAAGAACUGGAAUUUCCGCAGGCUAUGAGAUUAGCGUUAUCCUGGUCGGUGGACUACUUCUAUCGACGAUAUCAACCCUAUACACAGUUGAUUACUUUGGUCGCAGGAAAAUGCUAAUUACAUCUGGUCUUGGUAUGGCCGUAGGUCAUUUUUGUUUUGGUAUUUAUCAUUUAAUGGUUAUUUCUGAGGCAGCAGGAGAUCUCCGCUGGCUUGCUGUUGCUACCGUUGCAAUUAUCUUAGUAUCAUUCGGUUUAGGUUGGGGAGCUGUGCCAUUUUUAAGCAUGUCUGAACUUUUACCCAUUCGCAUAAGAUCAGUUGGCAGUGGCUUAGCUAUGAUAGCAAAUUGGUUGACAGCAUUUAUAGUAACUUAUUUUUAUGAUAAAAUGACAAAAACGAUGGAAAUAUACGGUACCUUCUGGCUCUAUGCCGUAUUUUCAAUCAUUGCAGUUAUUUAUGUCUAUUAUGCACUUCCAGAAACGAAGGGGAAAUCUUUAGAAGAGAUAGAAGCUUACUUUCGUCUAAACAAACGAGUAUAUAAUAGUGAAGAAGAAAUGGAAUUAAGCCCGAAAGAUUAG